AUGCUGCCGCAGCCGUAUGGCAGCACGCAAGCCUUGAAGGCAGCGCGCUUCGAUGGAGGCUUCGCAAAGCCCAGGAGCUUGAACUUGGUGGUGGUCUUUAGUAAUCUGGUGAUACCAUGGUGCGCCUUUUCCGUGGUGUUCUGGGCUCUGUCCUUCUCUUUGCGUUUCUCGCAUCCGAUCAUUGCCGGCUUAGUGGUUCUGACUUUUGUCCUGACCGCCGGCAUCUCCACCUUUGCAGCCUUCCGAUGGAGCAGCAGUGAGCGAGCUGCUCAUUGGUAUCACUACUUUGCCGUGUCCAUGCUGCUUUCGGUUUCUGCUGCAGGCUUACUUGGCUCCCUAAAUUACAGGUACACCAUGGAAGAUGCUUAUACCCUGAUGAUGGACUUGAAAUUCUACAAGGACGUCGAUGUGGGCCAGAUGAAGGGCCAACAGAUGAUGGAUGCUGGACUGGUGGACUUUGACCAUGGCACUCUGGAUUUGCGCAAGUCCUUAGGUUUUCGUGACGGCGGCAACACCUACUGCGUGGCGCCUAUCACCAAUGGUGAGGGCAGCCUGCCGGUCUAUGACUUCUGGGCAGUAGGUGUGAACUGUUGCAGUAGCACUCGUCCGGACUUUGAAUGUGGUGAGUAUAGUAACCCGAAGGCUCGUGCGGGACUUCGGUUGCUAAGUCGCUUGGAUCCAGGGUCGCCUGGAGUGCCCUGGGUAGAUGUGGUGAAGGAACAGUUUGGGGAAGACGUGCUCAAGUCCCUCAAAAAGCGCUGGAAGGAGGCGCUCCAGAGCGGUCGCGUGGCCCACGAGCAGCUCACCUUCUUCUGCCGCUCGGAGUUUCAGACGCUGGAGACGGUGGACAAGGAGAUGGAAGAUCUCUUGGCCAAGAUGCUGAUCUGUACUCCGAGCACCUGGUUCACAAUCAUCACCGGACAGCCCUGUCCCAAGGACGUUAAGGAAGAAAACGUGGGAGUGGCCUUUGAUGCAUCGAGUCGGCUGCGCCGUGCAGGGGUGGAGUACUUUCAUGACAGGCUCGUUGAACAGCAUACGUCCAAGGAGACCAGUCUUAUGUACUUGGAUUCGCUGCAGCUGCCCCCGAAAGUGCGGACCCUGCCCGCGGUGCCAGCGAAGACCGCGACGCUGCGAGUAGUGGCCAUCAGUGAUACACAUUUCCUCCAGGAGAAUUUGCAACUCCCAGAGGGAGAUCUGUUGAUUCACGGGGGUGAUCUGAGUUAUGAGGAAUCGCGUUCCAAGGAUGCUCGGGACUUUGAAGACAAGCUAAAGGAGUUCCAAUCGGACUUUCAAGGCUUUCUUCGAUGGUUCGAAUCCUCAUCACUGGGCUUGAAGUCCGCACUUCUUUGGCUCGGAAGCGAGUCCAAGUUCCAACAUCGUUUGCUGGUGGGCGGCAAUCAUGACUUCAUCCUGGAUCAGUUGGGUACUGAACGUGCACGGCAACUCUGUCAUCAUUUCGGCGUGAAGUAUUUAUGCCAAGCGGAUAAUCCGGUGCUGCUGGAGUUUGAGUCAGGCGGCGCGUUGUGUGUGUGGGGAUCGGGCGUCUCCUUCACAGCCAGCAUAGGCCAGGAACGAGCUGUAAAGUCUGGGAAUGUGGCCUUUCAAAUCGCGAAAGGAUCCGAAGGAUCCGAAGAGCAUCAGCGCUUUCUCAAGGACACUGCUCAUUUGAUACCUGGAAGUCUCGAUGUCAUGGUGACGCACAGCCCUCCAGCCGGGGUGCUGUUGGGCAAGGCCAAUGAACCACCGUGGAUCAACGAAUUGGUGAGGCGGAUCAAACCCAAGUUGUAUCUGUGUGGCCACUCCCACAACCCACUUCCUCACAAGUUUGAUAUCCGCACCAAAGUAGUAGAGGUGGAGGAGGGAGUGGUGGGAGCACAUGUGGCUUGCACCAGCGUGUGGAACUCCUUCAGCGGUUCUCCACUGAUCGUGGAUAUGGACAGCAGUUUCACUGGCACUGAAGGUUACGCUGCCAGCAAGCACACCCUCUGA